AUGUAUAAUUAUGGUACAACUAUCGUUACAAGCGGAUCAGACAGCAGCAAAGUAGCCCUUCGUCGAUCGAGUGGAUUAGAUGAAUCUGGAGGUGUUAUCUGGCAUCUUGCUCUCUGCCUCCUGCUGGCAUGGAUAAUAGUUGGUGCUGCCUUGUUUAAGGGAAUAAAGUCAUUGGGAAAGGUGGUGUAUUUCACAGCGACCUUUCCUUAUGCUGUUUUGAUCAUCCUGCUGAUACGAGGAGUAACUCUGGAAGGAGCUCGGGAAGGAAUCGAAUACUACAUAGGAACUCAUUCAGACAUUUCAAAGCUGUCUGACGCUGAGGUUUGGAAGGACGCUGCCACCCAGGUCUUCUUUUCCCUUUCUACUGCAUGGGGAGGCCUUGUUGCCCUGUCUUCGUACAACAAAUUCAACAACAACGGCUAUUCAGAUGCAAUCAUCAUUUGUCUUACCAACUUCGCUACAAGUGUCUUUGCUGGAUUUGCCAUCUUUUCUGUCCUUGGGCACAUUGCUCGUAUAUCACAUAAGCCUGUGUCUGAAGUCGCCCAAUCAGGCUUUGGCUUGGCUUUUAUUGCAUGUCCAGAAGCCCUAGCAAAGUUGCCCGUAUCCCCACUGUGGUCUGUCCUUUUCUUCUUUAUGCUACUGACGCUCGGUCUCGGCACUCAGUUUACAAUAAUUCAAACCAUUACAUCAGUGCUACAAGAUGAAUUUCCCAAGUACCUUUGUUCAAGGAGAGUCCUCAUUACAGUAGUUGCCUGUGUUGUGCUUUAUCUUCUUGGCCUGCCCUGUGUAACUGGGGCUGGAAUCUACUGGGUGAAUUUAAUUGAUCACUUCUGUUCUGGAUGGGUACCUCUAAUAGCUGCUGUCUUGGAACUCGUUGGGAUAAUCUACAUCUAUGGAGGAAAUCGAUUCAUCGAGGAUAUUGAAAUGAUGAUUGGCAAGAAAAACUGUUAUUUCUGGUUGUGGUGGAGAGCUUGCUGGUUUUUCAUUUCUCCCUGUUUACUUACGAUCAUAUUGGUGUGGUCCAUGGUAAAAUUCUCAACACCUUCAUAUGGACCUAUUCUCUAUCCAGUAUGGGGAACGGUGCUUGGAUGGUUUAUGAUAGCCUUCUGCAUCAUCUGGAUUCCCAUAUUUGCUGUUUUCAAUUUUGCAAAAGCAAAGGGAGGCAUAUUCGAACGCCUCAGACAAAUUUCUUCUCCUACACCUGACUGGGGUCCUUACCUUGAAUGCCACCGUGGUGAAAGGUACAAGAAUCAGGAGAGUUCACAGAGGAUUCAGCAAUCCAAGCAGAAUGAAAAUGAUUUAUCGGUUGUUUAUACUAAUGAGAUGAUAAUGAUUUCAUCGCCAAACUGUGAUUAGAUGCGCGUGUAGGAGGCUACCAAAGAGAUUAUUGUAGAAACCAUCACCAGCAAGGAGUCAGAUAUGGUGAGAUCUGAAGCCAGUGGGCAAUCUAAUGGGAUAAAUCACAAAAAGAAAAUGUCAUCUCUAUGUGACACACAUACAGCAUGUAUUCAUUGG